AUGGAGUUGCGGGUCGGGAACAAGUACAGGCUUGGCAGAAAGAUUGGGAGUGGUUCUUUUGGUGAUAUUUAUCUUGGCACAGAUAUUUCUAACGGUGAAGAGGUGGCUAUCAAGUUAGAAUGUGUCAAAACCAAGCAUCCACAGUUGCAUAUCGAGAGCAAGAUCUACCGCAUGAUGCAAGGAGGUGUCGGUAUCCCGACCAUCAAGUGGUGCGGAGCAGAGGGAGACUACAAUGUCAUGGUCAUGGAACUUCUCGGCCCCAGCCUAGAGGAUCUGUUCAACUUUUGCUCACGCAAAUUUAGCCUUAAAACAGUUCUGCUUCUGGCAGAUCAGUUGAUAAGCAGAAUAGAAUAUAUCCAUUCUAAAAAUUUCAUCCACCGAGAUGUGAAGCCAGACAAUUUUCUCAUGGGUCUUGGGAAGAAGGGCAAUCUAGUGUACAUUAUAGACUUUGGACUAGCCAAAAAGUACCGUGAUGCACGGACACACCAACAUAUACCCUACAGGGAGAACAAGAACCUCACAGGCACUGCCCGGUAUGCCAGCAUCAACACCCACUUAGGUAUAGAACAAAGCCGACGGGAUGAUAUGGAAUCCUUAGGCUACGUGUUCAUGUACUUUUUGCGAGGAAGUUUACCCUGGCAAGGUCUCAAGGCAGCAACCAAAAGACAGAAGUAUGAGCGUAUCAGUGAGAAAAAAAUGUCCACUCCUAUUGAGGAACUGUGUAAGACCUUUCCAUCUGAAUUUGCCACAUACUUAAAUUUUUGUCGAUCUCUGAGAUUCGACGACAAGCCAGACUAUUCCUACCUUCGACAGCUAUUCAGAAACCUAUUCCAUCGGCAAGGCUUCACAUAUGACUAUGUUUUUGACUGGAACAUGCUCAAAUUUGGAGGGAGAGGUACAGAAGAGAUGGAACGAGAGAGAAAAAUGCACAGUUCUGCUGCUCGAGCCAUGCCAACUACUGCGCUGCCUCGACGCACUGACCAGAUGGCAGUUCAACCAGGGACCAACUCAGGAGACUUUAAUAAUGUUAGAGGUCAUUCUGGGAGGGGCAAGGAGCGGCUUCCAGUUCGGCUCUCGCUGGCGACAAAGGGUUCUGAAUCGCAGGAAGCUCUUGUAGGUGAUAGCCGGGCAAGUGAUCGGUUGGCCACACCCUCUUCAGGUGGACGAAUCAGCUUUAAGGGGUCAGGCCUGCCAGUGCCUGUUGGUACAACAGAUGGGUCAAAGUUCAGGCGCAUGGCAGCAGAUGGACAGGCCAAGGCGAAACAUUGA